CGUCAGCAGGACAUGGCAGCAGUGUCACGUCAGCAACCAGUCACCACAGCAGCAGGUCACGUUAGUGCAUGGUGCACACCCGCUCAAAGACAAGCGACAUGGAUCAGCAGCCAGGCGAGACUACCGAGGCCUAUGAGGCCCACAUGCUGGACGUGGUAGCAGAAUUCAAGCAACGGGCAGUUGCGGCAACAUCCGCACGUAAGAAGGAAGAUGAGGAAGCAGAGGAACAGCGUCGCCUCGCUGAACAGCAGCGACAGGCGGACGCUGAGGCACCGAGGAAGGCCGCAGACAACCGCCGUCGACAACGCCGAGACAAACUCCUCGAAUGCGAGGGGGAUAUCGAGGUGAUCGCCGACGAAUGGGCAGUGGCUGCUGAAGAGGAGGGUGCCCCCUCUGCUGUGCGUGGCCUUGCAGCCACAAUCGAACAUGUGAGGGACUUGGUCGCCACCUGUGCCGCACAGCAAGAGGACAUCCUCUGCGUGGACACCCUGGUCUGGAAGGAGAUUCUAAUUAUUGAUGAACUGCUUGACCGGGUACAAAGGCCUGGUGAGAGCCUGUCCAUGGAUUUCAUGGACACGCUGGUCACCAGCGAGAGUGGAAUGAGAUAUGUCUUUGUCAUUGUGGAUAGGUUUAGCAAUGAACUGUGGAAGGCCGCAGCUGCAGAACAGGGGACACAGCUGCAGAUGACCUCUGGCAACCACCUGGAGGCAAACGGACAAGCAGAGCAGCUGAACCGUGCUGUUCAAAACCUGCUGAGGCAUUACAUCAAGCCCAAUCAGGUGGACUGGGAUGAGAAACUUGCUCUCAUGGCGAGUUUGUAUAACAGCGCUGUGCACAGCGCAACAGGGGUGAGCCCUAACAGUCUGCUGCUAACCUUCAAACCUAGACUGCCCUUAGAUUUCCUACUCCCUGAGAGCCAGCCUUCUGCUGCACCAGGCACCUUGGAGUUUGCAUAUCGAUAUGAGCGCCUGAUGCAGCAAGCUGUCGAGCAGAUGCACAGGGUGCAGGUGGCGAUGAUAGAGUCUGAGAACAAACACCGCCGCCCAUCUACAUUCCAGGUAGGGGACAGAGUCUGGGUCAAGUCCUCAGAUCUGGGACAAGAGCACGGGGUAUCCCGCAAGCUCAUGCCACAGUACUUUGGACCCUGGGAGGUUCUAGACAUCGUUGGGGAUGAUCCGGAUGGGCCGUCAUACGUAAUUCAGAUCCCUGGUCACCUUCGCACUUACCCCGUCUUUCACACCUCCAAACUUGCACCUUUCGAGGAAACUGAUCAGUUUCCCUCGAGACGCUCAAUGCUGCCCCCAACCAUGGAUGGAGAGGUCGACAUCGAUGACAUCGUCGACCACAGGGAAAUGCCAGUUCCAAGACCUUCAGGUAGAGGACGUCCUCCGAAGCCGAAGCUGCAGUACCGCGUUCGGUUCAGACAUCAUACUGAUCCCAAGGAGGAUAGAUGGUUUACUCGGGAGGAACUGAUGCAGACCGCCCCACAGGUUGUCGCCCACUACGAGAAGUUGCUGCAGAAAGGAAAGCGCCAGAUUGAUUUUCUUUCUAGGCCAAGAAGUGGCUCAUCAACAAGUCUUCAAGCUGAAGAAAAAGCGCAAGAAAAAAUCAAGUCUGACGAGGAGUUGCAUGCGGAAUACUACAGCGAAAGCGUGAUCAGCAGCUACGACGCCAUUGUGAUCCCGUCCCGCACUUGCGUCCUCCGGGUCAUUCAGCACACCGUGCAAGUUGGGGAGAAACGUCCGCCCGCUUGGGUUGCCGACUGGGAAGAUGUGCCGUGGCAGAGUGACCUGCGUCUGCCAGCAUGGCAUGGUGACUGGGAAGACAUUCCGCGUCAAGGUGAUCUGCAUCCGCCGGCAUGGGACGGAGACUGGGACGACGUGUCAUGGAGAGCUGAGUACACUCACUCCACCUUUCGCCAUCAUUACAGAAGCGAGCACGAGUCCGGGUGUCAGUGGUCCGACAUGGACGUGCAGCCACAGAUAGAGGAACUUGCUUCUGCAGGGUUUGAGCAGCCUGCCGCGUCCGCAUGGUUGCCUGCGAACCAAGCGAACCGAUGCGAAAUACAUGAAGUAGAGGAUACUCGUAUGCAGGGAAGUCCGUUGAUCGUAGAGCAGGGCGACGACGACGGCAACGACGACAAUUGCAUAGCACUUACAGGAAACAGGCACACAACAUUGCCGCGGGCGGUGAAAACGUUUGGAAAGGAAAGGAGCAUUCUUCUCCAGGUCCCCAGUGAAGAGAGCAACGGCUCUUUGCAGAGGAAAGCCAGGCGCGCAGAGGCGGUUAUCCGGUGCGUACACACCCCUACUCCAUCAAUCGCCACACAAUCUGAGUAUAGCAAUGUUACGGCGAAGACGCAUCGCAGGGGACUGACGCAUAGGAAGGUCACUGCUCAGGAGGAGAAGAUAGUGGCAGAUCAGUACGGCAGCGAUAAGAACAAGGUGGAGGGGAUCAGCAGCAACAGGGCUAAGGACGCUGUUUGUACCCAUGCGAAGAGGGUAAGGAAUUCGAUGGAUGAUGUGUCUGCCGCAAAAGGAAGCAUCCGUAAACAUGCUCAUAGGGCUGGAAAGCAUGAAAUGCAGAGCUCGCUGACGAGUGCUGAACCAGCAAUGCGGAGCUCGCUGACAAGUGUCGAACCGACACCGGCAAUGCGGAGCUCGCUGACAAGUGCCGAACCAACACCGGCAAUGCGGAGCUCGCCGACGAGAGUGGAACCGGCAAUGCUGAUGAGAGACCGGCACUCAGAGCACUAUGACGACGAGCUUUUGCGAAAGCGCAGUGGCGCCUCUGUAAGUAACAGGCAAGCCCAGGCUGUGAGGAUGUCCCCCCAAUCAGUGAUAGCGUCAACCGCAUUGCAUGGGUCGUCUUCGAGCUUGUUAACAAAACAAUCCUCGAAGAGUCGGAAACGGUCGUCAUCGGGCAGAUUGGGGUCAAGUGGCAGAUCCUGGCUCGCCUCUGCAUUCAGCGAAUCAUCAAGCUCAGAUUCAGAUACGUACGUCGCAAAAAGUGGCUGCAGAGUUUCGCCGGGAAGCCUCCAGCACAGUAAUGCAGAGAGGAGAAAAGCAGAGAACUCACAGAAACGAAGUUGGUGCUCGUCUGAGAGAUCUUCACUCAGAGAUGUUCGACAGACGGAUUUCAGUGACUCGCUGCUGACAACCAAGCGAGAGGAAACUCGAUCAUCGAAAAAGAAACCGAUUCCCGAUUUCUCCAAGGAACACGGUCCUCCUCCAAGUUCACAGUGGUGGGAAAGUGAGGACUGGACUGCUUUUCAGAUGCUCCAAAUUUUGUCAGAUGAUGUUGCUUCCCUCGCAUUGGAACAGCGAACUCAGAAAUAUGGCUACCCUCCGUUAGAUAUCGCAGGGAUGGCAGCUGAAGUUGCUGAGUGGACACGGAACCGCCUCCACGAGAAAAUACUGAGUGAGGAGAUAUCUCCCAUCAGGCAUAAGCUCGGGAAAUAGUUCCUCCGAGUUGCUCUGCUCCACAGUGAGUCCAUCGGAAGGGUAUUCCUCGUUGGCGCUCGAAGCAUCCUCAUGGCUAUGGAGGCUCUGGCGUAUAUGUCGUUCAGGGAUCUCCGUAUCAGCAAGCGGCUCCCCGAAAAGGUUCGACGUCUACACAGGCAGGUGUGCAAAUUUGAGGACAAAUGGCAUGGGGACAAGGAAUGCCAAACCGACUCCAUGGAGUCGAAUCGCAGAAGCAAAAGAGGAGAAGAUGAAGGUGAAAGUUGGUGGGAGAGAGAGGGGAAGAGGAAGGAGAGGAAGGAGAGGAAUGGGAAGGAGGAUAUGGCACACAGGGUAGGGUCAUCCAGGGAACAGGCAAGGGGUGGUAAGAAGAGGGAAAAAACAAACUUGUCCAGCAGUGCAUCUUCUCUGCAGUCGAGUGCGAUGUCGAUGUCCAUUUCGAAAACGGACGAUCGUGGACGGACCUCGAGGUCGAGUUCGCAGUCAUUUGGGCAACGGGCACAGAAGAGUUCAAGAAGGGAUGGUACGAAGAGGGCCGCGGCGGACUUCUUCUCCAGCGGCGCGUCUUCUCGGCCUCCCAGUUCGAUUUCGAAAACAGACGAAGCUGCGAGAAGCUCGAGGUCCAGUUUGCAGUCCUUCUCUGCGGCGUCGCAAUCGUUUUCUGCGUCUUGGACCUCAUCCUGCGACUUAUCGACGAAAUCGAACUUCCGGAUGGACGAGGAGGAUUCCCAUACCUACAGGUUUGACAGCAGGGCUAAUGGUCCUAAGAGCCCGGUGAUACCGAGCUAUUGCCAUUCGGACUCGACCUAUGGUCGUCAGCACGUGUCCGUACGAGGCCAUGAUGGUUAUGGCAGCGAUUCGCCGGAUGCCCGAGGUUUCUACUUCGGCAAAAGGCGAGGGUUCAAUUCCUCCGUCGUCACCUCCGCGACGAGCUUCAGCGACGGAUCCGAUCAUAUGCAGCGAAGAAACAGAAUAAGUCGAAAGCAAAGCAGCUACAGUUUCCUUAAAGGAAAGCUCAAGAGGGUAGGAGUGUUCAUCAGGGAAAUGACCCGGGCACUCCUCGCCGACGUGUAUGUAGACAUAGGCGGCGGCGAUAAGAAACGAGGGUCGUCUCUCUGGCGUGAGUGCGUUCAAUGGAGGGUCAAGCUGCAGCGAUGGCUACGAAUCGCUUGGGAAGUCGUGCAUUUGAUCGAGCCGGCAUCCGAAGAAGGCAAGCUGCCAGCUUUGCUGCAGUCCUGGGGUCUCGACGAGUCAAUGACUGUUGAGCAGGCUGCCGAGGCGCGGGCAAGAAAACAUUUAGGCAAAUCGUUUGCGCAACGCUUGGGCUCAAAACGCCGUCGAGGUACGUCCAGCAAAGAUCCCUCCGAGGAAUUCUGCAUCGAAUCGCUUGUCGAGGACCUCUGGCACCUCUCUCUUGGUACGACAAUCUGGUUCAACGUUAUCGGUGACAAGAAUUGGUCAUGGCUCUGACGCUUAGCAUCAAUAUAGCAUCAAUAAUAUAGCAUCAAUCUUAAGAUGAACAUAGCAUAGACAUA